AUGUCCUUUAGCCUGCCACAGUCAUCUGUCUUGGUGGUUUCAGUGCCCAAAACGGGGAUUGUUGUGCCUGAGAAGCAAAAAACACGCAAAGAAGAAGAUACUUUUAAACAACAAAAGAAAGAGCUAGAAGACAUCAUAGAGAGGCAGCAAAGACGUCUCCAGGAGCUGUAUUCAAAUCUAACAGUAGAUGCCGAAUGCCAUGAGCGUUUAUGCCGUGCCCAACUUUUAUCCGAAAAGGAAAACCUUGAGACAGCGUUGGCAGGCUUCACUGGGAAGUUAGAAAAACUUUCAGCGCGCCGUCAGGAAUUACUUCAAGUAAACGACCAUGCAUUUCAGUGGGGAGAGAUGCGGUCCAAGUGUGUAGAAGCCAGGUCUCGAAUCAGUGACCUCAAAGACGAAAUUGAGGAGAGUGAAAAACAACUGGAGACUGUCCAAACUCUUGUGAACAAUCAACAGGACCGAUUGCAUACUGUGCGGAGAGAGCUUCGUGAUGUACGACAGCAGGUGAAGUGGAUGCUGGAAUGCCAAGCUGUAGAUGAGCAGGCGUUUAAUAAUCGUAUUCGUGAGGAAGAGGAAUAUCUUCGACAGCUUAUGGAGGCGCGUGAUGGAAUGGAAAAGGAAUCUUCAGAGAUGACCGAGAUGGAGAAACUUGAAUUAUUGCCAUUGCAAGACGAAGUGAAUACAUUGGAGGCCUACCUAAAAGGAAUAAAGGGAUACACUCAAACGCUUCAGCUUGAGUGUUACGAGUUUCAAAAAGAGAUGGAGAGGGCGAAGAUGAUUACGAUUGAAUCAUCGGAAAACGAAUUGGCCUCUUUGGAGUACCAACGAGCUUUGGAAAAAGUUGACCAACAGAUGUUGCAUUUCUUGAAUGAAAAGAUGGAAAAGACACGGCGUCAAGGGGUAGCGCCACUAGUGGUGCAUACCAACAAAAAAAAAUGGCUUAAAAACUACCGUAUCGUAUGGGAUUGCCUUUCUCAACAUUGCAGUGGAAUGCGUCAAGAAAAGGAGAAGGACACUGAAAGGAUUCUCAGCGAAGUAAAGCAAGGAAUCGAAACGGCACGACGAGAGCUCAAUGAGGUCACAGGUACCAGUGAUGAAGGUAAAAGAGAAAGACAAACGGCAUUUUUAUUUAUUGAACAUUUAGUUUCCUUGCUUCACCGUGGGCGAAAAAUGGAGUCACAACUUCUGAAACGCAUUGACGAUUCGGCAGGAAGUAUUGGUGAGAUGCCUGAGGCAUACAUUUCCCUUGCAAAAAUGAGUGGUUACAAUGACUUCGUGGACGAUGAGGAAGAAGAAACUGUGAUGCCGAUGGAGUCAACGGAACAGUUGUUUAAGCCAAUUGAAGAGGAAAGUCCUGAGUUGGCCAUUGGUGAGAUGCGGAGUACUUUCGAUUUUUCCCCUGACGAUCGGAAGGUGGAAGACAUAUUUCGAAAAAUGGCACACCGCCCUCGAGGACAUUUGCAAGAAUUUCUUCAACAGAAGUCCCUCUUUAUGAGUGAACACGCCGCACAAGCCCAUAUCCCACUGCGACGCACUUUGACGAGGAGUUCCCCUAGCACUGUGGAAGCAUCAUUAAGUCUGUUCUUUGAGAAAAUGAUUGUUGAAAGUAUACAUUAUGCUAAGAGCCAUCAACAGAAGAUAAUGCAGGAUACAAUGGAUCUUCGGCAUGGCGUUGUUCAAGCGGAUUUACAAUAUGCAAUAGAGGCUAAUGAUUUGCAGACGAGGGUACAUCGAAUAUUUUCUGAACGUCAUAGAUCAUUUUUGACUUCUUCUCCUGCAUCCACUGCACCUCUUAAAGGGACUCAUCCCACACGCACUUCUUCGGUCUCCAAAGCGAUUCAACGAAUCGUUAUUGAAGGGGCACACCUGCCACCAGAUGUUGUGCGUGCUUCAUUGGCGCUUCAGGCAAAAUAUUUUUUGUCGUGUGCUAUACGUGGGUUCACCGCCGUGAUGCUGACUCCUGGGAGUGUUAUCCCCACCGUGCGGCAUCUUUUUCUCACAAGAGACCUUGACAGGCUCUGCGCACGUGACGUAAGCAGUGCGGAGAUAGGGAAAUUGAAGCAGGUCGAUUUUACUGCGAAGCUGAAGGAUGUACAUGACAUACAUCUGGUGAAGGAUGAAAAGCUCACAUCUUCGAAGCUGAAAGCGGAGAUAUCGUUCACAGUUGUUCUCUCCACUGAGAGCGAGCACAGGGCCAGUUGGGUUAUCCAAGCGGACAACCCUGAAAGUAGAACGUUUUGGGCGUACGUCUUUGCGUGGGUGAUAAAUGAAUCGGCCCCCAGCAACGAGGACGCAAUUAUCGUGCGAUUGAAGAGUGCAAACAAAAUUUUUGUUUUGGAUGCGACAGACGCAACAGCUGAUAGCUUUGAGCCAAACAACCGCUGUGGACUGUAUGUGCAGGUUGACGAAAAAUGA